AUGUGGUUAGGUGACGUACCUUCUGAAUUACAAGGAUUGACAAUUCCAGAAGAAAAAUUGAUAUCACUCUAUCGUCACAACAGCUGUAUCAUAAAACUUCAUUCGCCUUUCCAUUCAACUACAACUGCUCAGACAGCAUUGAAAGGCAAUUGUAUUACUUUUCUUCAAGAUGUGCCAAACAUUGUUAAUAGUUUACCACUUACACUUGACGAUCUGUGUGACACACUUAAGAUAAUUUUCGUCGGAGCUCAUCCUCCUGAACGCAUUCAACUUAAAAAAGUGCUCACAGUACGGAAGAAGAAAAUUAUCGAAGCAUUACAUUGGCUGAAGAAACACAACGUACUUUAUCAAAAUGUUGAUAUAAAUCUGAAGAAUAUUGCUCAAUUACCAGAAGACGAUGUCCCAGAAUGUAUUAUGUCAACAAUGGAACAGAAGAUAGGUGAUGAAGAAAUUCAAUCUGAAAGAAUUGGAUAUAUUCCUGAUCCAUUAUCUGAUCCAAUAGAACGUACUAGUACAGAUAGUAUUCCUAUUACUAACAGUGGUAUUCUCGAUGUCAACGGCUCAUCAGUGUCUUCAGAUGAAAUUACUAAUUAUCUUUUGCACAAAAUUAAAAAUGACGGAACAAAGGAACAGAUGGACAUCGAAAAUGUUUAUUUGAUUCCUCAUUCUUCGAAGCCUGUUAACGAAUAUUUUAAUCCAAAACUACUCGUAGGUCUGUAUCCAACUUUAUUCUGUUAUGGACGUGGGGCACUUGAAGAUCAGUCGCGUCCAGUUAAAGUAAAUUUACGAGAACACAUACGUUAUCUGUUAUCGUACAAUGAUCGACGUUUUGAAACGAACCACAGUUUUAUAUUUGUCGUCUUCAAUUUAUUACAACGACGUGAUGCUUGUUUUCAUGCUCAGCUGAUCGCAACAAAACCUUACUUUCGAGCAUCUGCUGAUGAAAUUCAAUCCUUGAAAAGUAAAGAUAUUGAAAUGGCGCUCGAUAACAUUUCCAAAAAAACAUACAGUUCGGAAUCCAACAGUGCAUUAAAUAAAUUAUUGCAUCAUAUUAAAACCAUCGGUGGUCGAGUUAUGGGUUCAGCAUAUUCACGUACGGCAUUACGUACACGUAUUCAUGCAUUAAUCUAUAAUCAAGGGUUACCAAGCAUUUUUUUAACUUUAAAUCCAGCUGAUAUUCACAGUCCCGUGGCAUUAUAUUUUGCGGGAGUCAAGUUGGAUUUAGAUAAUAUUCAAAUAGCGCAACUGAUGACUACUUACAAAAGAGCCGAAAUUAUAGCUUCUCAUCCUGUUGCUACCGCAAAAUUUUUUCAUUUAUUAAUUUCAAAUAUCUUAAAUACUAUGAUUAGUGGUGGUGUUCUUGGACCAAUAAAAGCUUAUUUUGGUACCGUUGAAAGUCAAGGACGAGGUUCGCUUCAUUUGCAUCUUCUUAUUUGGCUUGAUCAUGAAAUGAAACCAGCUGAUAUGAAACAAAAGAUUCAAAAUGCUGAUUUUCGUGAAAAGCUAAUAGCAUAUUUAGAAGAUAUUAUCAAAGAAGAUUUGGAUGAAUUUAAAAACAAACAUAUCUUUGAGAAUUUAGACAUGACAAGAACAUUCAAUACUACACCACGUUUAUCACAAGAUAAUAUCUAUGCGGCUUUACGUACUGUUGAUUUAACAGGUUUAGCCGAAAAUAUAAAUAAAUCUCCUGUUUGGUCGACACCAAUCAAGCAACAACUUUCCCCGUCAAUUCCUUACGCUUCUCCAUUAUUGAAUAAAUCGUUACAGACACCAACACAUGAUCGGCCAACAUCUAGUAAGAAAUAG